AUGGGUGCUGGGCCACAUGUGGACCUGCUGCAGGGCUCUCUGCCCGUGAGGCAGAGUGCACUGGCUGUCCCGGCCACAUUACCCACUCCCUUCCACUCAGCAAACAUUAUUGAGCCUUAUGGGGAAAUGGAACAGAAGGCCUGGCCACGCCCCCAUGGAGGGGCAGCGCGGCGGGGGCGGAGCCUGGGCCCGAAACGCCACGGGCGCGACUCUGUGCGCGUCCGCCCACGCGGGGGCGCUGUGUCCUCGCAAGCUUCCGCGGGGUGCCGCACGGCCCUGGAAGGCUGUGGUUUUCGAGGGGAAAAGGGAGAGUGGCUGGCCCUGCCUCCGCUGCCGCUUGGCCCUGAGAUCCCCACUGCCCACGGGAUAGGCCCCAGUCCACCCAGCCGGGCCCCCCCGCCCUUCCCCUCGUCUGGCUCUCCUGGGCAGUUCGGGCUUCGGGUCAGUCCCACACUCGCGCCCGGCUGUCCCUGCUGCGCUCCUGUCACUGGCUUUGGGAAGCCCUCCGGCCCCCUCUCUGCACACCUGGCACAUGGCACCUUCCUGGCGGCAUGGUCUGUUUCCCUCUUAGUAAUGGAUGGAGAAACUUCUCAUAGUUGGCGAGGGAUCAGUCGUAAAAACUUCGCCUGGAAGAUUAAUGUAAUAAUCACAGGCCUUGCUGGAAAAAACAGGAGGGAAAUUAAAAUAAUCCCACCUUCCUACCUAUCCAGAACCAUCUCCCUCACUUUGGAGCACAGACCAGCGAACUGGGCCAUCUCUCUGGGCACCACCUCAGCUAGGAUAUUUGAGGGGCAGGAACCAGGGGUCUGUGGCCUAGGAAGAGCAAGACCAUGGUCCCCUCCUCACCUGGCUGAUCUGAUGUUGGUACCUUGA